GCCCACUUUUCUGGUAUAACUAAUUGUGAUGGCUGGGAGUAAAGGACGCGGACGUGCAGCUUACACCUUUAAUAUUGAGGCAGUUGGAUUUGGCAGAGGUGAAAAGUUACCUGAUGUAGUAUUGAAACCCCCUCCACUAUUUCCCGAUACAGAUUAUAAACCAGUGCCACUGAAAGCAGGAGAGGGUGAAGAUUAUAUGCUGGCCUUGAAACAGGAGUUGAGAGAAACUAUGAAAAGAAUGCCUUAUUACAUAGAAACACCUGAAGAAAAACAAGAUAUUGAAAGAUAUAGUAAAAGAUACAUGAAGGUGUACAAAGAGGAGUGGAUACCAGAUUGGAGAAGACUUCCAAGAGAGAUGAUGCCAAGGAAGAAGUGCAAAAAAGCAGGCCCCAAACCCGAAAAGGUGAAAGAUACGGGCAAAGGCGCUUCACUCACUAAUACUGCAGAUGUGUUGAAAAAAAUCGAGGAAUUGGAAAAGAGAGGUGAUGGUGAAAAAUCAGAUGAGGAAAAUGAAGAGAAAGAAGGAAGCAAAGAGAAAAGUAAAGAAGGCGAUGAGGAGGAGGACGAUGAUGCUGCAGAACAAGAGGAAUAUGAUGAAGAAGAGCAAGAAGAGGAAAAUGACUACAUUAAUUCAUACUUUGAAGAUGGAGAUGAUUUUGGUGCAGAUAGUGACGACAACAUGGAUGAAGCAACCUAUUAGCUAUGAAAUUUCUCCCAAAAUAUCUUUAUGAUACCACUUCUGAACAUUUGGACAGACUUGUUUUCUAUUUCUGAUAAGGAAUAUUAUAUUUUUGUUCCUGUUUUGUUGGACAAAUACUUGCUGUCAAAAUAUUCAGAACCACUUUGAGUUUACAUACUAGUUACCUUACCAAUCAGUCUCUGAUACUCUGACAUUCCUUUUCAACACCCGUCAUCUGUCUUAUGUAUUCAAGUGGAUUUUUCUUGUAUCAUUUGGAUUUCAAUGUGCCUAGAGUUUUUGCAUUUUUUAAUCUAUGUAUUCAUACUUGAACAAAUUACUCUUGUUGAACUCAAUCUGUUGUAAAACUAUUACUAGUCAUUAUAGUGGAUUUCUGUAAUCUGAAAGUUGAUAUAAUAAUACUGCACAAAGAGCACUUUAGAAACAAACUUGAAAAUAAUUUUAUCUUUUACUUUCGCAUGGUAUGUUCUGUGCUGCAUUAUGAAUGACUGCAAAAACCUACCUGAGCUCUUACAAUUGCAUAUUUUAUGAGAUUGGAAGUUUUGUGAUCAAAAACAUCCAGGGAAAAAUGCCCCAUUCUGAACUGUAUGAAUUUCCCAGCUCACAUCUCAGGCUGUACAAAAACCUGGGAUGAAUACUAAAAAUACUUGAAUUUGGAGCCAACUCAAUACCACUUAACAUAUAAUCAUCUCACUGUAGUUAAGUUUGAUAUCUUUGAAUAGUUGGGCUUAUGAAAAAUUAGAUAUCUAAUUUUGUACUUUAUGAAAGUGAAAA